AUGAACGUUGGCCGCUUUGUCCUGGCGUGCACCUUACUUGUGGGCGCAUCCUGGGGGGGUAAGGCAGGCCAGUCCCAAAAAGCUCCCUGCAGACCGGGCUUCAGCCAGAACUUCUACACGGUGAUCGUCUCCAGGGACGUGCUGCGCGGUCAGAGCAUCCUCAAAGACACCACCCUGUCCAGAGAGCGUGUGAGGUUUGAGGACUGCCAGCGCAGCAGCAGAGAGGUGGGCUUCAUAAGCAGCGACCCCAACUUCGGCGUGAGGCCCGAUGGGACGCUGUACGCCGAGCAGUUCGUGGCCAACCUGUCCGAGCCCGUCCAGUUCAUGGUCACGGCGCGGGCGCUCCACGACCCCCGCAUCUGGGAGACCACCGUCAAGCUGGCCCUGGCCGGACACCUCCAUUCCCUGCCCCUAACGAAGUUCGGCUUUGAAGAAAUGCUGUCAAGAGUGUGGGACUCCCAACCCAGGGUUAUCAGGUUUUCUCGAAAACAUCAGAGAGGCUCCUCUGCCAAUUCGCUGAGGCGACAGAAGAGAGACUGGGUCAUUCCACCCAUCAAUGUGCCUGAAAACUCCAGAGGACCCUUUCCCCACAUGCUUGUCAGAAUCCGGUCCGAUCAGGAUAAGGACGUCGGCAUCCGCUACAGCAUCACGGGAGCAGGUGCCGAUCAGCCCCCCAGUGGCAUCUACAACAUAGAUCCCAUCAGCGGGAACAUGUUCGUCACCCAGCCCCUGGACAGGGAGGAGCGGGCCUCCUUCCAUCUGCGCGCCCAUGCAGUGGACAUGAAUGGAAACCAAGUGGAGAACCCCAUCGAUCUCUACAUCUAUGUGAUCGACAUGAAUGACAACAGGCCUGAGUUCCAGAACCAAGUUUAUAACGGCUCAGUGGCCGAGGGCUCCAAACCAGGCUCCUCGGUCAUGCAGGUGACGGCCACGGACUCGGACGACUCCACCACGGCCAACGGCAUGGUGCGCUACCGCAUCCUGUCGCAGACGCCCCACAGCCCCAUCCCCAACAUGUUCACCAUCAACAGCGAGACCGGGGACAUCGUCACGGUGGCGGCCGGCCUGGACAGAGAGAAAGUGUCCCAGUACACAAUCAUUGUCCAGGCCACAGACAUGGAAGGUAACCUGAACUUUGGACUCUCCAACACAGCCACAGCCCUCAUCUCUAUUACAGAUAUCAACGAUAAUCCCCCUGAACUUACAGCCGGGACGUUUACUGGGGAGGUCCCGGAGAACAAGGUGAAUGUGGUGGUGACCAACCUGACAGUGGUGGACAGAGAUCAGCCCCACAGCCCCAACUGGAAUGCAGUCUACCGCAUAGUGAACGGAGACCUCACUGGAUCUUUCACAGUCCGCACCAACCCCAUCACAAACGAGGGCAUGGUCACAGUGGUCAAGCCGGUGGAUUUUGAGUUGAACCGGUCCUUCGUGCUGACCGUGGUCGUGUCCAACCAAGCCCACCUGGCCAGCGGCAUCCAGUCCUCGCUCCAGUCCACGGCGGGAGUCACCAUCUCGGUCCAGGACGUGAACGAGCCGCCCGUCUUCCCGGUCAACCCCAAGAUGAUCCGCUUCGAGGAGGGGGUGCCGGCCGGGACCACUCUGACGGUGUUCGCUGCCCAAGACCCUGACCACUUCAUUCAUCAGACUGUCAGGUACUCCAAACUGUCAGACCCGGCUAACUGGCUGAAGAUAAACAGAACCAAUGGGCAGAUCACCACCAUGGCCAUGCUGGACAGAGAGUCCAUAUAUGUCAAAAACAACAUGUACGAAGCCACGUUCCUGGCAUACGACAAUGGUAAGUCUGGUUCUCCCCAGGCCAGCGGGACGGGCACCCUGCAGAUCUACCUGAUCGACGUGAACGACAACGCGCCGGUGCUGGUGCCCAGGGAGGCGCAGGUGUGCGAGCGCGCGCGCCCCAACUCCAGGAUCAACAUCACGGCCUCGGACGCCGACGCCGACCCCAACAUUGGGCCCUUCGUCUUCGAGCUGCCCUCUUUCCCCACCAGCGUCCGUCGCAACUGGACCAUAUCCAGGCUGAACGGCGAUUAUGCCCAGCUCAGGCUGAGGAUUCCUUACCUGGAGGCGGCCGUGUACGAGAUCCCCGUCAUAGUGUCCGACUCGGGGAAUCCUCCGCUGUCCAACCGCUCGCUGAUCCGGGUCAAAGUGUGUCCCUGCGACAACAACGGGGACUGCAGCGCCACGGGGGCGGUGGCCGCCGCCGGCCUGGGCACCGGGGCCAUCAUCGCCAUCCUCAUCUGCAUCAUCAUACUGCUCAGCAUGGUUCUGCUGUUCGUGGUGUGGAUGAAGCGCAGAGAGAAGGAGCGGCAGGCCAAGCCCCUGCUGAUAGACCCCGAGGACGACGUGAGAGACAACAUCCUCAAGUAUGACGAGGAGGGCGGAGGAGAGGAGGACCAGGACUACGACCUGAGCCAGCUUCAGCAGCCCGAGUCCCUGGACCACAUCAUCAGUAAGCCAUCGGGGGUGCGCCGGGUGGAUGAGAGGCCUGUGAUAUCUGAGUCGCAGUACCCCGUCAGACCCAGCCUGCCCCACCCCGGAGACAUCGGAGACUUUAUAAACGACGGCCUGAGGGCGGCCGACAACGACCCCACCGCCCCCCCCUACGACUCGCUGCUGGUGUUCGACUACGAGGGCAGCGGCUCCACGGCCGGCUCGGUCAGCUCCCUCAACUCCAGCAGCUCGGGGGAGCAGGACUACGACUACCUCAACGACUGGGGCCCCCGCUUCAAGAAGCUGGCCGACCUGUACGGGGGCGGGGAGGAGGACGACUGA